CCUGUGCCCGUUCAGGACGAGCCCCGCGGACUCUGUGAUGAAAUCCAAAAUGCGUAAAUGGGAAAACACGCACUGAGGCGGGAAGCGCAUUAAAGACAGCGGCAGCUCCCACUUCAGUCCCCUGUGGCCCCGCACAUGAGCGAAGUUCAAGGGCGCUCCAACGGUUUCUGACGCCAACAGGUUUGUGCGCUCCGAUCUAAUAGGCAUCAUGUUGGAUAGAUUUGUGCCACAGAGCGCCGGCGUCUCCAGCGCGGACCUCCAGCUCAGACUGGCGGACAACAAGAGCAGCCUGGUCGCAGCAGGGAUGGGGAUGGACAACGGCACCGGGAAGAAACUCAUCGAGAUAACCGGACCGGCUUUGUCCAAAAGAAAACUUCUGGUCAGCUUAGACCUCCUGUGCCUCUUCCUUGCCUCCAUCCCUUUCUUCGCAUGUGAGCUGAAGGCAGUGAGUCCUUACAGAAGGGGCUUUAUAUGCGGGGACCCCAGCAUCACCUAUCCUUAUCUGGACCAAGAGGCCAUUACAGAUGAAUUACUCAUCGCCGGUGGCAUCAUCAUCACCGGCUUCACAAUCGCCCUCGGGGAGUGUUACAGGGUACGCUUCCGAGGUGUCAGCUCCAAGGCCUUCAUCAGGAAUCUGUACGUGUCCUGUCUGUAUAAGGAGCUUGGCUGCUUCCUGUUCGGCUGCUGCGUCGGCCAAUCACUGACCAACAUGGCCAAGCUGAGUGUGGGCCGGCUACGGCCCUACUUCCUGUCUGUGUGUGGGGUCACUUACGCGUCACUCAACUGCACGCUGGGAAGUUACGUUGCAACAGUGAGCUGCCAACAGCCUGACCACCGGUUAGAGGAAGAGGCGAGGAAGUCCUUCUUCUCGGGCCAUGCUUCCUUUGCCAUGUACACGAUGCUCUAUUUAGCAUUUUACCUGCAGGCCCGGCUUACGUGGGGUGGGGCUCGGCUGCUGAGGCCGGCGCUGCAGUUCUUCCUGGUUUUGCUGGCGGUCUACACAGGCCUGACCCGCAUCUCCGACUACCGGCACCACCCGUCCGACGUGCUGACAGGCUACAUACAGGGAGCCCUCACUGCUUACUGGGUGGCCUUCCACAUCUCCUCCAUGUUCAAAAGCUCCGGUUCAGCCCUCUCUCCAACUGAGACCCUGGACACCCCCCUGUCCCCCCACCAUACCGUCUGCUAAACCUGCCCUCCAGCCCCCCCUCCCCAACCUCCACCUGCCGCCUACAGUCUGGCUCGGAGAGACGAGAGAGGUGAAGAAUGUGAGACCAUUUCCUGUGAAGUCCAACCACAUACCUCAGUGCUCAGACAGAGAGAGAAACAGUGAAAGGACAUAUGAGCUGUGAGAAAGGAAGAGGGAAGGAGCUGAAGACCCAAGCGCCUGCUCAGCUGGAGUGUUGCGUAAUCAGCCCGAGUACUCGAUCUUAGAUCCUCGGGAAUGACCUUAACAUGUAAUACUGACCUGUGAGAAGAGACUGAACACACAGCGACCACUACCACUCGAUACGUCACCUGUGUAUAUAUAUUCAGAUUUUGUACAAUUCGAAUGAUACUGUAAAAGCACUUUUUGAUUUCCAUUUGUUAGUAUUAUUCACUACCACUUUGGAAUGAUUUCCUAUGUAGAAUGUAUUUUAUACAAACAUGAACCUGUAUUCUUUUCUUUUUUACAUAAAUCCAUUAAAUAUGGUUGGGUUGUUGAAGAAAACACAAGCGGCAGGAAAGCAUCUUGUUUCCCUCCUGGUUUGUACCACUUAGACGUCACAUAAGUAGUUUACUGAUAAGGGGAUACUUAUGAGAAUGUCUGUAGAAUGUAGUAGAUAUUGAAUGAAGAGAAAAAUUGCAUUUCCUACUAAUUCCUGGUUGGAUAUAAAUUAACAUGUACAGCAUUGUUCUAGGCUUCCUACCGUUUCAAGAGCACACUGAUGAAUAAAGAAUGAGGCGAUUUUCGUAAAUAAAUGACUAUUUUAGUUCA